CUUUAUCCUAUUCUUACUAUUAAAUAUCAAGAAUAAACUAAUGUAUACUGCACAGUCAAAGCCCACUUCAUCUUUUAAUAAUGGUCCAGGUUUCAUAGAUAUCGAUUUAGCUGAACAUAAUGAGAUACAAAUCAAUGAAGGUAAUAUAAAUUAUAUGUGUAUACUUUUUUUAUUUAUUUAUUUAUUUAUUUUCUUACCGAUAUAAAUGAUAAAGGUGUUGGUAGACUACAUCAUCAAGUAAUUACUAUGGAGACUAAACCAAAUAUAUCCAUCUGGAAAGCAGCUGAACUAGGAAAUAUGGCAGCAUUGACUUAUUUCAUUAAUCACCAUGCUUCCUUUUUUCAACAUGAAGAUAACGACGAUAAAGAAGAUACUAAUAGAGUUGCUCAACUUUUAAAUUCUCGAGAUCCAAAAACGGAAUGUACCUUAAUCUACUUGAUUGUGGCAAAUAAUCCAAACCCAAUUGAGCCUUUACGGUUAUUACUCGAACAAGGUGCGGAUGCUACAGCCCGCAAUAUAUAUAACGUACAAGCCGUUCAUGCCCUCUUCCUUUAUUGUCCAGAACCCAUAGAGGCGUUAAAACUUUUAUUAGAGCAUGACGCUGACCCUAAUGCACAAGAUGGUGAUGGCUGGACAGCUGUUCACUAUGCUGCACGAUUUUGUAAAUCACCAGGGCCCGUUUUAAAAUUACUAGUUCAAGUUGGAGCUGAUAUCAAUGCUGUAGAUACUAGUAAAAAAUCUGCUUUAUUUGGACUCUUGGCUAACGGAGACCAUAGUGAUACUUUAGAUUGGCUUAUUCAUACAGCAAAGGCAAACCUUAGAGUUAAGGGGGAUUUUUUGGAUGGUCAAACGAGGCGUACAAAACAGGGAACGUUGAUUUUACAAGCUGCUAAAUAUGGACGAUUAUCAUGCUUACGAAUCUUAAUCAGUUCCUCCUCAGCUAUGGAAAGCUUAGUGUCUAUUAUCACAAAGGAAGAAUUAGUAUUAGCCAUUGACUUUGUGAGGCAGCAAUUAGUGAAGGUCAUAGAAAGAGAUGAUAUAGAACGCUUAGGAUUGAUGAUUAUGAUAUUGGAAAAUUUAAUACAAAAGAUGUAUCCAACAGAGAAUAAAAGUAUGAUUCUAGAAAGUAAAGAAGAUAAACAUGGGUUAAUCAAAAGAAAGCCGAGUUUACUUAAGAGAAUAAAAAAAGAGCUUUACUAAUUUAAAAAAGAUGUGUAUUAACCAAUAAAAUAUAAAAAAAUAAAAGUCAUAAAACUUAAUGAACUGCGGCGGCGGGUAUAAUUUUUAGAAACAAUUAUUCAUAAAAAAAAA